CAUCGUUGGCGCAAUAGCGUUCGUGCAUUCAUCAAUCUGGAAGGAUCGGGUGCUGGCGGCAGAGAAAUCCUAUUUCAGGCGGGCCCAGGUAAUUCGUGGUUGCUACAAACCUACUUGGAGAACGUACCACAUCCGCAUUGUAAUGUUCUGGCGCAGGAGAUAUUCCAGGCGGGUCUGAUACCGUCAGACACGGACUUUCGAAUAUUCCGUGAUUAUGGUCUUAUUUCGGGCUUGGACAUAGCAUACUUUCGGAAUGGUUGGUUGUAUCAUACGGAAUUUGAUAGACCUGAAUUCAUUAACGAAGGAUGCAUACAACGGGCUGGCGAUAACAUUCUUGCUCUGGUCAAGGUAAGGGAAGAAUACUGA